GGUGGGCAAGUCCUUCAGCAGGACAUAAGUAUCACUGAAACCUCACAGACGGUCAGACGGAGUUGGACUGAGACUUGAUCAGGUUGAACAAAUGGCUUCAGAGGAACUGGUGGUGGCUGCCCUGGGUCGACCUUUCACCUUAGGCAUGCUGUAUGACGCUCGCACAGACAAACUGAUCCCAGGCGUCACAUUGUGGGAUGCUGAAACUCGACAGGAGAACACAGCUGAGAGGCCUCAGCCCAGCAGCUCAUUUGAAAUUUCUACAUCUGAUUCAAUCGCGGAAAAGUCGACUCUCCUUGAUGUCGAUGCUUCCCUAAAGGCCAGUUUCCUCGGUGGACUGAUUGAAGUCGGAGGAUCUGCCAAGUACCUGAAUGACAAGAAACAUUCCCAUCAUCAGAGCAGAGUCACGCUUCAGUACAAAGCUACCACCAAGUUCAAAGAAGUGUUCCUGGCUCCUCUGGACGCCAAGACGAAGGAACAAAUAGGUCAAAUUGAGCAAAGUUUGGCAACACAUGUAGUCUCAGGCAUUGUUUAUGGGGCACAAGCUUUCUUUGUGUUUGACAGUAAAAAGUCUGAGGACAGCAGUGUUCAGGACAUACAGGGCCACAUGGAAGCCGUGAUAAAGAAGAUUCCAUCAUUUCAAAUCGAAGGAAAAGUUGAUAUCAAGCUGACAGACCAGGAAAAAGCCCUGACUGAUCAAUUCUCCUGCAAGUUCUUUGGUGACUUUGUCCUUGAAGUUAACCCUUCAACCUUCGUUGAUGCUGUAAAGACCUACAUGGAUCUUCCAAAGCUGCUGGGACCAAAUGGAGAGAAUACUGUUCCAGUGAUGGUCUGGCUGAUGCCCCUGAAGACUUUAGAUUUCCAGGCUCCUCAGGUGGUGGCAAAGAUCAGUGCUAGAUUAGCAGGAAAAGCAGAGAAUGCUCUCGAAGACUUGCAUCAACUAAAAAUGAGAUGCAAUGCUUCUCUGGAUGACAAAGUGGUCCAACAGCUUCCACAGAUUCAGAAAAAGUUGCUAAAUUUCCAACAGCUGUGUAAUGAAUACACAUCUGCACUCCAACAAGACAUCGCAAAGAAAAGUCCGCCCAUUAAGGAGGGCAACCAAGAUGAAAGUGAGUUGGAAGAACUCUUUGAAGACAGACACUCAUCACCAUUCAACAACGAGAAGCUCAGCAGGUGGAUGGAGUGCAUGGAAAGAGAGAUCAACGUCAUCAGGUCCUGUGUGGACAUGAUGGACGGAAUACAGAUUGUCUCAGAUAAGUCUGAACUGGAUCGACGUGUUCUGGCACCAGGUGUGGAAGAUGCCUUCUGCUUUGUCUUUACUUCUGUGGAAUGUGAAGAUCCCUACAUCAAAGCGUUGGCCAACUACUCAUCUUCACUGGAAUUAGGUGCAGUGGACGUUAGUCCAGGCGGUCAGGACCAGUGGUUCUUCUCAGAUGAAGUGUUCACCAGAAUGAGAGAAAAAGCACGAGAUUUCCAAGAUCUUAACAAAUGUCAUAAGAACAGCAGGUUUUGUUUCCUCAUAGCAGCUCUGACCAACGACAAAUACCAAGGAGCGAGUAUCUACUACUACCACAAUGGCAUUCUGAUCACCGAGGACGCUUCAAAGCCUGAACAGCCUCCUGCUGAGACAACAACCGACAGAAGUGCCCUCCUGUGGUAUGCCUGUGAUCUCACGCUGAAUCCAGACACUGUCAGCAAUCAACUGACUCUUUCUGAUGACAACAAAAUGGUAACAAAAGCAGAGCUGCAGUCGUAUCCUGAUAAUCCAGACAGGUUUAUGUUGCCUCAUGUUCUGUGCAGGGAGGGGUUGAUGGGCCGCCAUUACUGGGAGAUAGAAUGGAGUAAUAACUAUCUGGAGGAUAUCGGGGUCGCUGUUGCAUACCAAGGAAUCUGUCGAAAAUCUCAACCCUCUUCUUAUCUAGGAUUGAAUGAUGUGUCGUGGAGUUUAGGCCACAGGUGGAAGUCAGCAACAAACACAAUCUAUUUCGAGCACUUGUGUCCCAUAAAGGAAUUUGCGAUUUCAAAUGACGGCUUCAAGCGUCUUGGCGUGUUUCUGGAUUGUUUUAAUGGCACUCUGACUUAUUAUCGUGUCUCUGACAACAAUCUCACUGCUCUCCACACAUUCAAGGCUGAAUUCACUGAACCGCUUUACCCGGCCUUCAAGAUCUGGCAGAAGUGCAGCAACGUGAAGCUGCUGUAGUGUCAAAGAUUUGGUCUGAUGGGUCACAAGCGUCCAGUCUGGGCUGCUUCUUCUGACCUUUGACUGCAGUUUGAGUUUAAGUAAGAAUUAAAGAUGAUUUUAAUUUGAUUUCAAGAUACAGUAAUGAUUUAGAUGUUGAUUUGGAGAUUGUGAAGAGGAGUGGGGAGAGGUAAUAUUUACAGUCACUGACUUUCCUUUGGUUCAGUUUAGGCUCAUUCCAUUUGGCUAAAAUAAAAACAAAUAAAUAAAUA